CCCCUCGCAGCUCUUCCGAACCUUCCCUGCCUGAGGGAGAAGGAGGAGGAGGAGGCGGAGGAGGAGCGGGCGGUUCGCGAGCUUGCCGCUGAGGAGGAGGAGGAGGCGGCGGCGGCGGCGGCGCAGCGGCGCCCGAGCGAGGGAGCGAGCGAGCCGGGGGUCGCCAGGGGGCGGGCGGCGCGACGAGGGUGUGGCGGCCGAGGCGCAGCGACGGUGCCGGCUGGGUCGGGAAGAUGGCGGCGGCGGCGGCGGCAGCGGCGGCGACGGCGGCGCCGCCUGUGAACCUGCGGCUGGGAGACCUGGUGUGGGGGAAGCUGGGGCGAUAUCCUCCUUGGCCAGGAAAGAUUGUUAACCCACCAAAGGACCUGAAGAAGCCACGUGGGAAGAAGUGCUUCUUUGUGAAGUUUUUUGGAACUGAAGACCAUGCUUGGAUUAAAGUAGAGCAGCUGAAACCUUACCAUGCCCACAAAGAAGAAAUGAUCAAAAUUAACAAAGGCAAGAGGUUCCAGCAAGCUGUGGAUGCUGUGGAAGAAUUCCUCAAGAAAGGAAAAGGCAAGGACCAGGCGUCUUCCCAUAACUCCACUGAAGAGAAGAGCCGGCGGAAUCCCAGUGAAGAGAAGGGGAAGCAGUCAGUGGGAGAGGAGAAACACAAAGCUGGGUUGUCAGAAAGGACACCGAAAAAGCGAGCCGCCUCUGUGUCCUCUGAGCGAGGAUCGAAACCCCCCCUGAAGAGAAUGUACAAGCAAAGCCCCCGGAAGCGAGGGCGCCCUCCCAAAGACGAGAAGGACAUGACAAUUCCUGAGUCAAGCACAGUGAAGAAAAUGAUGACUGGCACCAUGGCUGGCUUUAAGUGGCCACAGAGUGUAAGCGAGCCUGUGAAAGAUGGUGACCCUCAUUUCCAUCACUUUCUGCUUAGCCAAACUGAAAAGCCAACAGUUUGCUAUCAGGCCAUCACAAAGAAGCUGAAGGUGUGUGAAGAGGAAACUGGGUCCACUUCUAUCCAGGCAGCAGACAGCACAGCUAUCAAUGGCAGCAUCACUCCUACAGACAAGAAGAUAGGCUUCCUCGGUCUCGGCCUGAUGGGCAGUGGCAUUGUCUCCAACUUAAUAAAAAUGGGUCACACCGUCACGGUCUGGAAUCGGACCGCUGAGAAGUGUGAUUUGUUCAUCCAGGAGGGGGCACGGUUGGGAAGAACCCCCGCUGAAGUAGUUUCAACCUGCGAUAUCACUUUUGCCUGCGUAUCUGACCCAAAAGCAGCCAAGGAUCUGGUGCUUGGUCCCAGUGGAGUACUCCAGGGCAUCCGUCCAGGGAAGUGCUACGUCGACAUGUCAACCGUGGAUGCAGACACUGUUACGGAAUUGGCUCAGGUGAUCGUCUCCAGAGGUGGUCGCUUCCUGGAAGCCCCAGUCUCAGGGAACCAACAGCUGUCCAAUGACGGGAUGCUGGUGAUAUUAGCGGCUGGAGACAGAGGCUUGUAUGAAGACUGCAGUAGCUGUUUCCAAGCAAUGGGGAAGACUUCAUUCUUCCUAGGAGAAGUAGGGAAUGCGGCCAAGAUGAUGCUGAUCGUGAACAUGGUCCAAGGAAGCUUCAUGGCCACAAUAGCAGAGGGGCUGACUUUGGCUCAGGUCACCGGUCAGUCCCAGCAAACCCUUCUGGACAUCCUCAAUCAGGGACAGCUUGCCAGCAUCUUCCUGGAUCAGAAGUGCCAAAAUAUCCUGCAAGGAAACUUCAAGCCUGAUUUCUACCUGAAAUACAUCCAGAAGGAUCUCAGAUUAGCCAUUGCACUGGGCGAUUCGGUUAAUCAUCCAACUCCCAUGGCAGCUGCAGCCAACGAGGUCUACAAACGGGCAAAAGCGUUGGACCAGUCUGACAACGACAUGUCUGCUGUGUACAGGGCCUACAUCCACUAGGCUAUCCUCUUCUCAUUGUUAAUACUAUGAUUAAUUAUAAUGAUGAAUACUGGGUUUUAACUCUGGACCAGUCCAUCUUUGUCUCUCUCCUCCUCUCCUUUCUCCUUACUCCCACCUACUCCCCUCCCCUUUUUUUUCCUUUUUAAUACAAAACCUCUUUUUUUUGAGAGCUGCCACAAGGACAGUUGCUACAGUAUGCCUUCCUGUGUCAUCUGCAGCAGCAGUAGAAAGAUUGGACAACACCCCUUGGGAGUCAUAGAAUGGAAUAGCCCCCCCUCCCCUCAAUAAUGCUGCUUGGCUUUAAUCCCAGUUCUCAUUGUAUGUGUGUCCCUGGAUAUGGAUGUCCCUUUACCUGGGUGGUUUUGACAAUUGGGGUGGGAUUCUGGCACACCUGUGUUUUUUUUUUCCUUGGAGAAAAAGAUUAGAACAGUAGAUGUGAGGGGUAAAUUAAUAUAGCGCCUGGCCAUAGUUCCCUAACAGAAAAAGAACAGUUUGCAUCCAGGCCUUCUCCAUGGAAACAGCUUUUAUAAAUGAGAGAACCAGUCUUUUAUUUAAUUCCAAUUCAAAAUGAGUCUCUGACACGUAGGAUGUCUCUGCAGGCUCUUAAUUCCCAAAUGGUUUAUCUAUUCUGACCGCAUUUGUAAAAUGAUUUGACCUGCCUGUGCUUCACAGAAUAGAUUUGUAGAGGGCAUUUAAAAAAAAAAAAGGUAGAACAUUUAGAGUCUUCUUUCAGGUUCAUCUUGGAGAAUUAGCACCCUGAAUGUACACAUCUUUGCUCCUAAUAUUUGCAAGGAUGAUUUGGUCUUGACGAGUGUUGCCCGUUAGUCAGGGGAGAAAAAAAGAUACUUUGAUAUAAAGAAUUUGACUUCCAUGUUUUUCUUUCUGAAAAACGGAAGAUACACAUAAGGUGAACUAGAAAUCCUGCUUGCAAGUAAUGUAAUGAAAGAUUCAGCAAGCUACAAACUGAUACAGCUUAAUACUUUGUUGAAAUAACAGAGUAAUCUUAGAAUACCGAAGCGCAUCAGCACAUUCCAACAGAAUUGUGAUGCUUUUUUCAGUGUCAAACGUCAGUAUUAAUUUUGAAAGAAAGCCCUUUGCUCAAGCUUGGAAUGCAUACAUCAGAAAGGGUUGGAAACAAUUCUGGGUUCAUGCAGAGACUUUCACAUUUGCAUAAACAGCUCAAAAGCUCAGCACCCAGAUACCGAGUCCGCUUCAUUGUGCAUUUCAGACUGAUGAACGUCUCUUGCCAGUAUUUAAAUUUUCACAGUGCAAAUGUGACAUCCAUCCCUUUGAACCUUGGGUUGAUCUCCAAGCAAUCUGGAUAUGCUGGCCCAUUCUGAGUGCAGGUGCAGAAGAUCCAGAGUUUUAGUUGAUAUAUUAAAAGUUUUAGUUGAUAUAUUAAAAAAAGUAGGCAUAAGCAUACUCUGCUCUUGCUACAGCACAUACUCCUUAUAUAGUUUUUUUUCCUCUUCUGUGGUACUGACAAUCCACCUUAAAAAAGGACGUUAGUUUUUGUCCCUGUCCAGGGGUUUCUUAGCUCCCAAUAGCUAUCUGCCUGCUUUUUCCCACAGUGAAGUGUAUCUUGUUAAUGGAAAUGAACUCCUUAUGAGUAAGUGAAGCUUUUAAGGACAACCAGUAUCUGUCAGGAGGAGCAAAUGAAUCUGGGGGGAGAUGACCUUACUCAGGAUGGUUGUUCUUUAGGCAGUAAAUUACACCAGGAAGCUACUCUUCCAAAGACCUUCUAAAGCAGGGACGUCCAAAGACCUAUGGACUUCAGCUGCCAGAAUUCCCCAGCCAGCAUUGUUGGGGAAUUGAAUUCUAGGAGUUUGAAGUCCACAGGUCUUAAAGAUUGUUAGGAAAAGGACAGGGAGACCCUUCUGAGAUUUUGUGAGAACCUUGCAGUCCGUGAACAGAAUGAACAGAAAUAGUUCCCAGAAUAUUUUAUUUUGCCUCCCAAGAAAAAACAUGCAAAUGGAACUAGGAAUUGCAACUACAGUAUAAGAGAACUGCAGCGUCUUCCAUUCAAUCUAUCUUGUGGUUUUUCUGUCAGAAGAAAGAUCUGAAGGGUGCGGUCACUUCUGCAGGACUGCACAGUUAGUGAUACCCCAAGGGGGAACAACUCAAAACGCUAAUAAGAGCUUGGAACUGCUGGCCCAUUUCAUGUCUUUUUUUUUUUUAGAAGGACACCCGUGUUUUCUUUCAUUUGCAGCCAAACAGUUUAUGUAAACUGGGCUUUGCAACAUCCAAUUUUAUGGGUCAAAGCAUCCAUUAGUCUACCAGUUUUACAUUGCAAUAUAUUUGCUGGUUUUAAGGUGCCAUGGGACUCCUUUCCUACUUCGUCUUUCUGCUCUGAGAGCCAGCUUUGAUCAAUUCUUGGUUGGGGUGUCCUUAAAUUUGACCUGGCAGUGGCACAGGAGGGGAAGCGUUUGUUACAGGAGAAUACGAUGGAACUGGCUUAGUCAUUGUUGUCUUAAUAUUGUUGACAAUACUGUAAAGUUUCUUUUUUUUAAAAUGGGAUUUCUGUUUUAGCAGUUGCUUUUUUUUGUUGUUCCCUCCUUUUUCAAGAUAAAAUAUAUUUACACUUGUGGAGAGCUUGUAAGAAAAAAAAAUCUGUUUCUUUUAAUUCCUUCUCCUUUGAUGAAUGAUCUAUAGGUAAUUAAGGUUGUGAAUUUUUUUUUUAAAUUUUUGCCUUGUUUUUAAUUAAUGUUUUGUCAUUGAGAUAGGAUGUGUGGUGAUGAUUAAAUGGCAAACACAGACAAAAUCAUUUUUUUUUUCUUGUGCAAUUAACAAAGCUACUGGCAAAAGGAAAUAAAACCUUUCUUGGUAACACAGUGCUGCUUGUUGCUCUAAAGUAUUCUUCUUUCCUAACUGCAUACUUUGGGGGAAGAAUUAGAAUACGAACCUCCCAUUCCCCAAACACAAAAAUGGUAAUAGAUGCAUUAGUCAAGAGUAUAAAUUUGUGUAUAACUUCAAGGAUGAGGGAAUGGAAAAACUUUGGAAAGGAUGAAUGCCAUUAAUAAAAGUAAAGAAUAUACUGCAAAUUUGAAAAUUUGAUGGUGAGACCAGGAUGUACGGAGAUUGGUAAAAACUCCUGUUUAAUCAUCAAUUACAGUGUACAAACCACAACAGCUGGGGUUCUACCACACACCAGUUUCCUUUGCAAUGACAACUUUGUAGUUUAUUUUAGUAAUAUUGUUUGAAAAUAUAUAAAAAAAACAGAAAAACUCUUUUAACAUUUGAAAUGAGAUGGAAAGAAUUGAACUGUUUAUUUUACAGGGUGGCUAGGAAGAGUUACAGAAUUGACUUGUUGACCUUGUUCUUCGUCUAAGUGGUUAUAUUAGAAGAAAAAUGAGAAAAAUCUCCAGUAUUUAUGUAUUUAUUUAUAAACAUUAGAAAAUAAAAUCAUUUGCUUACUAAAUAAUUAGCUAUGUUGAA